CUCUCCUGUGCCGAGGCCCCAGCGCUGGAGGCAGCACUGCAGGGGGGUCUCCCCCGAGCGCAGCAGAGGGGCAGAAUCCCCCCCUCGCCCUGCUGCCCACGCUGCUGGGGAUGCAGCCCAGGCUGCGGGGGGGUUCUGGGCUGCCAGCGCACGGUGCCGGCUCGUGGCCGGUUUCUCCCCCCCGGCACCCCCAAGCCCUUCUCUCAGGGCUGCUCUCCAUCCCUCCAUCCCCAGCCUGGGCUGGCGCCGGGGGUUGCCCCGACCCGGUGCCGGUCCCCGCUGUUGCUGGCACGGAAGCUCCGGGGGCUCUGAGGUGGAGCGGGGCAGGGCUGUCCCCGCCGUGCCGGGCUGUCCCGGGGCCGGGGGUGCCGGUGCCGUUGAACCCCUGCGCGGGCGGGGCCCAACCCGGACGGGGCGGGGGCGGCCGGUGGCGGCGGCGGGGACGGGACCGGGGACGUGUCGGCGACGUGGCCCGGGGCGGGGCGGGCGGCACCGAGAGGGACCGGGACGGGAACGGGGGGUUCGGGGGGGUGCACGCACGGUGUGUGCGGUGUGAGCGGAUCCCCAGAGCCCCCCGUGACCGGGCACAGCCCCCCCCACAGCCAGGAGCACCCCCCCCCCCCCCCAGCCGCCCUCGCCCGGCUGCAGCCCGAGGUGCCGGGAUGAGGAACCCGCUGCUGCUGCUGCUGCUGCUGCUGCCCCCGGGGGCGCGGGCUGCCCCCAAGGCUGGGGGGCACAGGCCUGAGCCCCCCGCGGCCCCGGGACUGGAUCCUGAUCCCGACCCACUGAGCCUGGAGCUGCCCCCGCUGCCGCUGCUGCGGAGCGCGGUGCGGAGCCUGGGGCCGCCGUCGCGGGACGCGGAGUCCCUGUCGCGGGAGCAGGCCCUGCUCUACCUCUUCGCGCUGCACGACCACGACCGCAGCGGGCGGCUGGACGGGCUGGAGCUGCUGGAGCUGCUGGGCGCCGUGCUGGCGCGGCGGGACGGGGGGCGGCCCGACCCCCAGGCGGUGGCCGCGCUGGUGGACCGGACCCUGGAGCGGCAGGACCUGAGCGGGGACGGGCUGCUCGACCCCCCCGAGCUGCUGCUGCUCCCGCCCGGCCGGGACCGGCCGCCCCCGGGGCCGCCUCUCCCGCAGCAGCCCGGGGAACCCGGGGGGGGCGGCAGCCUGGCGGAGGGGCAGGGGCUGCCCGGCGGCGGUGCCCACCCGGAGGGUGAAGCCGUGGAGGUGGAAGGAACCCCCCAGGCUGAAGGCCCUGGCGGUGAAGUCCCCAGAGCUGAAGCCCCCGAGGCUGAAGCCAUCGAGGCAGAGGAAGCCCCCGAGAUCGAAGCCCCCGGGACCGAAGCCCCCGAGGGGGAGGCAGCCCCAGUUUGGGGGGACUCCGGGGAGGAGUAGGCAGUGGGGGGGCUGUGCCGGACCCACGGCGGCUCUGGGGUGUGAUGCCCCGGCUGCUCCUUGCCCCGCUCAUCCAUGUGCCCCCCAUCCUGUGUCGGGGCUGGGAGGGAUCGGGGGGGGUGUGGGGGUGUGUGUGGUGUCCUG